CAUGACGCACACAGAGGUUUUACGCUGCCUCGGCAAAACUGUCUAGAAUUUCCCAUUGGCUUGCCCGGCCCGGAGCCGCUACUGUUUUACCCUGCGGGCAUGUGUCGGAUAAAGUGUGCCACGUCAAGAUAUCGACAACAAGGAAUCACGUCGUGCAUUUUACUCCAGACCCAAACCUGACACCAUAGAUCCCGUGCCCUCGAUGCCUGAACGCAAGAUUCUCUGCCUUCAUGGCGCUCAGUUAUCGUCGGAGCUCUUCAAGUUGCAGCUGAGACCAUAUCUCAACCGGCUUGAGACGGAGCACAAUUGCUCAUUCCACUUCGUCAAUGGCCCUGUCCCCACCGAGCCAGAGGCAUCCAUAGCCGCAUUUUGGGACCAGCCAUGCUACCGGUUCUUCCACUGGGCUCCGUCUCCCAUUGAGUUCCAGAUGAGCCAAGUCUAUGAGGCCUACAAGUUCCUGUACAAGGUGAUCGAGGAGCACGGCCCCUUCGACGGCGUCAUGGGGUUCUCGCAGGGCUCCGUCGCGAGCGUCGCCCUGAUGCUGCACCAUGCGGAACUCCACCCGGAGAGCCCCCCGGACGCGCUAUUUCGCUUUGCGAUACUCUUCUCGAUCCCCAAUUUGCCCGAUGAGGAUUCCGACGGCAGCCCAUUAUCGUGGGGGAAGAUCCGGAUUCCGUCAUUGCAUAUCUGCGGCGAGGCAGACGAGGAGUGGUUUGAGAUGUCUAAAUUGACGUUUGAAAGGAAUUGCGAGGAAGGCACGGCGAGAAUCAUCGUUCACAAGGGUGGCCAUUUGGUCCCGAAGGACCAGCCCACGGUGGAUGAGAUCCUCGGAGCGAUUGGGGAGCUGAUCCAAAAGGCUGAUGGUGCGUAGAGCCGAAACUGGGUAUAAACUAGGAUAAAUGUCUUCCAUUAUUCCCGAAACAGCAAC